GUACGAGUCUUUUUACGUGACUGAUGGCAUGAAUGAACGUCGGUGGAAUGGCAUUAGUGAGAUCCACAUACGAAAAUGAUGACUUGUCUUUUCUUUGCUCCCAAUGACCAGUCCCAACUUCCGCCAACGCAACAAUACAGGCUCGUCGAGCCACGAUGAAAGAAGAAGACACAGAGGGCACAACCAUCCAGCACCAGUAUAUUAGUAUCUAGCUAGCUAUCCAGAGAUCAACAUGACGUUCCUACGAUUCUUGUUUGCUUUGUCUCUGUUUCUUCAGGUCUCCUCCGUUGUGUCAGCUGGUACGCUCCGUGCUUCUAUUGGCGCUGGAGUGCGACACUUGUCCGAGGAGGACGCCGAGACAGAAGCUCCUACCAUGGAGCAAACUUGCGGGUGUUACGAGGAUGAACCAGAUUGCCUCUGCGACGACGAAGGAUAUGACGGCGACACACAAGCACCGAGUGGCGACGACGACGGCGGCUCUUGGGAAUGUCCGUGCGAUUGCAAACCAGAAGACAAGGGCUACCGACCUCACACGGUCAAAAUGUACGCCAUUCACAAGUCAUUAUUCAACGAUGAAGGCGGCGAUGAGAUUUGUGUGAGCACUACCGCCAGUGCAGCACACAACUACAAUCAACAAGCCCUUUGUGAUGAUGAAUGUCUCUUUCCCGAAGGUGGCGAGCAAGGUGAUGAAGACGAAGAUAACAAUUAAAACAGAAAGUAAGAACAACUGUUACUAGUAGAGAGUAAAAUCAAAAACUCUGGGAAACAAUACGGCAUAUCUACCGGUAACUAUGUGUUUCACGCAACACACUGCUCAGCAUCAACUUAGAAGAGCCAAGAUUAGCUAAAUAGUCUACGAAUUACAUGAUU